CCGCCGCCGCCGCGCUGGGGCUCCCGUUCCCCGCCUGGAUCCCGCGCGGGAGUCAGCGGCCCCGGUCCGGAGCCUCAGGGGUGACCGGGCGCCCAGUUCCCCUGGGCCUCAGGCGGGGUCAGGCACCGCGGUACCUUGGAGCCUCCGGGCCUGAGGCCGCCAGCGAAGCGCUUCGCCCGCUCCGGGCUGGGCCCCUGGCUUGGUUCCCCCGGCGGUUUUGUGCUCGGCGUGGGAGUCGGUGGCCGCGGUGUGUGUGGGCUGCCGGUCACGGGCUCGCCCGUGGUCAUAAAAGCUGUGAGCGAGGGGACCUGCCAUCGGAGCAGGGCUCUGCACAUCCUAGGAACAGGGAACGGGGCUGCGCCAGACACAUGCCCGCCCGCAAUUGCGUGUGCACCUGCCAAACGCUCUCCACUGUGGAGUUCAGUCCCGUGCGCCUUUCAUAGGUACGGUUCUGUUAGGGAGCCCUCCCCGGUAAAAGCCUAUUCAAUGGGGACUUCGCCUCAAAGAUUGUUGAUAUUGUUGUUGGAAAAGAUGAGAAGGGCAGAAAGAUUCCAGAAUAUCUGAUCCAUUUUAAUGGUUGGAACAGAAGCUGGGAUAGAUGGGCAGCUGAAGAUCAUGUUCUUCGUGAUACAGACGAAAACCGCAGAUUACAACGUAAAUUGGCAAGAAAAGCUGUAGCUCGCAUGAGAAGAAAGGGAAGGAAGAAGAGAUGUUGUCGAUUGCCUGGUGUUGAUUCUGUGUUAAAAAGCCUUCCUACUGAGGAAAAUGAUGAAAGUAGUGAAAAUACUAUAAGUAGUUCUUCUGAUGACAGUGAUGAAGGAACAGAUGAAGAAAUAAAAAGUGAAGAAAGUGACAUUGAAGAGAGAACAGACAUGAAAGAAGAACAAGAGAUUCACACUAAAAGGGAUAUGGAAGAAAGAGCAAUAAGCAUAGAAAUUCCUGAAAUUUUGAAAAAAAAGCUUGAAGAAGACUGUUAUUAUAUUAACAGGAGAAAACGGCUAGUGAAACUGCCUUGUCAGAGAAAUAUAAUAACUAUCUUGGAGUCGUAUGUGAAGCAUUUUGCCAUAAAUGCAGCAUUUUCAGCUAAUGAAAGAUCUCGACACCAUCAAAUGACUUCACAUGUCAACAUGAACCUUCAUUACGUCCCCCCAGAAAAGAAUGUUGAGUUAUGUAAAGAAAUGGUGGAUGGACUGAGGAUAACCUUUGACUUCAUUCUUCCAUUGAUCUUGCUCUAUCCCUAUGAGCAAGCACAGUUUAAGAAGGUGACUUCAUCCAAAUUCUUUCUUCCAAUCAAAGAAAAUGCAGCAAACACUAACAGAAAUCAGGAGGAGCUAUCCCCGAGUCCACCUCUGCUGAAUCCACCAACUCCUCAAUCCACAGACAGUCAGCCUACAACAGGAGAGCCAGCAACACCCAAGAGGCGAAAAGCUGAGCCUGAAAUGCUACAGUCUCUGAGGCGUUCUACACGUCAUACAUCAAACUGUGACAGGUUGUCAGAAAGUAGUGCAUCUCCGCAACCUAAACGGCGGCAUCUCGAUACGCCUGCUUCAAUGCCAAAACUGUUUUUGCAUCUGGAAAAGAAAACGCCGGUCCAUAGUGGGUCGUCAUCACCUAUCACUCUGACCCCUAGCAAAGAAGGGAGUGCAGUAUUUGCUGGCUUUGAAGGUAGAAGAAAUAAUGAAUUGAAUGAGGUGUUGUCUUGGAAACUGAUGCCAGAGAAUUAUCCCCAAAGCGAUCAGCCACCUCCUCCUUCUUACAUCUAUGGAUCUCAGCAUUUGCUACGGAUGUUUGUUAAACUUCCAGAGAUACUGGGGAAGAUGUGCUUUCCUGACAAAAAUCUAAAAGCUUUGGUAAAACAUUUUGAACUGUUCUUGAGGUUUCUAGCAGAAUACCAUGAUGACUUCUUCCCAGAAUCUGCUUAUGUAGCUGCAUGUGAGGCUUACUAUAGCACCAAGAAUCCUCGGGCAAUCUACUGAAGCUUUUAGUGAACAAUAAAUCCUACUGUACGUAGCCCAUGGUUAUUGCUACUUUGCCACAUAGCUACGAGAUGAAGAUGAAAUGGAAUUUGAAUGGCCUUUUUCAGAUAAAAAAGGAGUCGCUUCUAUGACUACUGGAUUUGUUAGCAGAGAUGGACCACGUCUUGUUUCAGAGCUGUGCAAAGAUUACAUUCUGAAUUUUUUCAAGUGUUGCAUGUAAGCUGCACUGCUAGAAGAAGCCCUGUACUGAUUUCUAAUGCAUAGGACUGCAUGUAGUUCUUAUUAAGAAGGGUGGGGGGGAAAGCAGGUGCAUUAGCAAUGGGACGUUUUCAUGAAAACAAAUACCACAUGCUGUCUUUCAUUUUAACAUGAACUGUUUUCAGCAUGAAAAGUAGAACUGGCUUCACUCUCGUGUAAGGAGAAUGCAUAACUGGCAUCCAGUGGAUUUCGUUUCACACACAGAACCCAUACUUCAUUUUGUGAAACGGUCACGGCAGGAAAGAGUGCUGCAUAUAGAGGAAGAAUUGCAUAGCUAUUUUAUUGUCAUGGUCUCUGAGUCAAGGAAUUAGUUUUCUGUGGCUUAAGUAAAAAAUGUUGCUUGCUUUUUCUUUUUAAAAGGUAUCUGUUUUUUACCCAUAGUAGGUUGCCACUGUUACGAGUGCAGACCUUGCCCGUGAUUCAUCUUAUCCAUGUCUGAAUGAUUCCUAAAGGUAUCAAAGAAUAGGAUGUUCUAACUUCUUCUCACAGGGGAAGCAUAGAAUGAAUAAAGUGACAGCAAUUACUUUUGACAAACUUUUUUCUUAAUAAAGAACUGGUUGGUAACUGAAGGUGUGAUAUUUGGGUGGAUGAUCUCAAAAAUGGAGUUUUGUUUGGGUUUUCAUUGUAUAUUUUCACUAAAUAUUACUAUGUAGAGAAUGAGGGGUGGGAGUAGUGACUAUAAAAAUGGCACCUUUUUAUUGUACAAUUCUUCUGUCUGUCAUUUAAAUCGGGCACAUUUUAGAUUUAUACUGACAAAUUUUACUCUCUUUAACACUGCAAAACUCAUGCAGCUGUGUGAGAAUGAGCUGGAUUCUGUUAUCCCUCUGACAAUACUUACUUGGCAGAAUUAACUAAACCAAUUCUGUUUAUCUUGGGUACUUCCAUUACUGUGAGUGCCUCACAAUCAUUAACAUAUUUAUCCUUACAACACCCUUGUGAGGUAGAGAAGUGCUGUUAUCCCCAUCUUGGAGAUGGGGAAUCUGAAGCACAGAGAGGCAAGUGACUUGCCCAAAAACACAAGAAACCUGAGCACAAAAUUGACCCAAGGUCUCCCGAGUCCUAGGCUAGUGCACCAAUCACUGGUCAGUCCUCAUUCCCUUGAAGUACCUCAAUAACAGAACGAUUGCCUGUGAUUCUGGAGCCAAAAAGAACCCACUUGAAUUUGCAGGUCUUGGAGUAAGUAAAACCAUCUCUUUACAUGUAAAACACAAAUAUAUUCUGUAAGGAGUACCGCAGGUCUGAAGAAAGAGCUCGGUGUAAACUUGAAAGCUGCUUUCUCACCCCAACAGAAGUUGGGCCAAUUAAAGAUAUUACCUCAUCCUCCUUGUGCAUCCAGUAUCCUGGGACGAACACAGCUACAACAGCACUGCAUUACCAAUUAAUGUCACUUGUCAAGAGUGGAAUGGUAUGUUAAAGCGUUUGAACUGAAAAGCUAGAGAUGACCUUUGGUUUUAGUGAAUGAGACUCUGCAAAAGGAAAAACUUCUACAGAGACUUAAUGUCAGCGUAGCUACGCUCAUUUUGGAUCCAUACCAAAAUGAGAUUUGGAGACCCUUAUUUCUAAAGAUUCAUUUAUUGGUGCUAUUUUUUAAUUGUAUUCCUGUACUACCAAGUUUCCCAGGCUAUAGUCUCCAUUCCAAAACUGUAGAGAUUCUGAAUCUACAGUUUAAGCUGAGAAGCUCACAAUCAUCUUUAAUAUGGGACACUCCUGUCAUAAAGUUGAUAAAGCUGGUAAAUACCAUUCAAAUAUUAAUUAAUGUCUAACAAGAUAUUAAGCUUAGAAUAUUGCUGAAACUCCAUCCUUAAUCCUUUCCAUUGUGGCAGAGUAUUGCAAUGCAUAUGAUGGGUCAAAUCUUUUUUCCCUAUCAAUGCCGACGAAUAAGAGGGCAGAUUGAGAGUAGAAUUUAAAUCUUAUUGCAUGGUUAUGUUUUAACUGUAACUGUGACAUUUUGUGCAUGCCAUAAUUAUUUAUUAAUGUCUGUAUUCAAUUUGCUCAGAUUUGAGAAGCAGCAUAGGCAGUAUCUGCAUGCAUUGUGCCUGGUUCAAACCAGUUGUAUGAGCAACUCAUUUUCAUGAGUAGCCACUUCUUUUGCGUCCUAUAAAUCUGCUGCAACAUGUGAGAGCCUGGUCGAAGUAUUCAUUGAUUUUGUGUUGAGUAUAACGCUAAAGGCAACGUGCAAAUCUUCCUACAAAAUGUCUUCAUCUGGAGUAAUAUGUGACUUGUCCAUUUAUGAGGACUAUUUGCCACAUUACCAGAUUCCUCAAAGGGAGCAGAGAGACUUGCAGGCUAUCUUUUCAUACCUAUGGUUUAAUUAUAGUGGUACUGAAGAAGCUGCUAUAGGUGAAGGUUAGAGAGCAUUUUGGUUACAUGUAAUAUGUUUUGUAGGCUGCUUCUUUUUAAAAAGAAAAUCUUCCCAACAGAAAUACUUUGGUUAUGUUUAGAUCUCACAUGUGUGGCUGAGUAGGAGGUAGUUUUUACUAAUUGUUUGUUUUUAAUCAGAGUUUAAUAUGGAUUUUUAUACUUCUUACUGUGAGUAAGUUACUAGUGCACAGUUAUCUAAUUACUCUGGCAUUAAAUCUGCUGUUUUUUAAUUUUUUUGAGAUGUA